UUAUUUGUCAUUGUAGUUUCUAUGUUGUUAAAAACCCAAACAAUGGUGCAUGCGAUAGUUUUCUUGUUCAUUUUAGUAACCCAAGUGUCAGCUUAUCGCCUAUGUCCCAAAUGUGGCAAGACAAAAGUCCCGUAUCCACUCAGCACCGCUGAGAACUGUGGUGAUCCGAGGUACCGAAUCUACUGCAACGACGGCGUCCUCGAGUUCAUGUCGGCUGAAGGUUCGUCCUACAAGAUCCUCAGCGUCAGCCCCAAGGCUAAUAAGCUCGUUAUAAAGCCGCCUUCGAUCAACCUAGACACUUGUUACUCGUCCGAUCUCAACCAAGGCGGCUUGUCGCUCGACGAGAGCUUGCCUUUCAACAUAUCGACACGUAACACGGUCAUGUUGUUUAAUUGCUCUGAUAAUAUUCUCUUGUCGCCGUUGAAUUGUUCGUCGAGUAGUUUUUGUAGGGAGUUCGAGAAGUCCAGGGAAGGGCGCGGAUGCAGGGGGACGCUUUGCUGCCAUUUUUUGAAGGAUUCGUCGAUGACUUCGCAUCGGAUAAGGGUUCGGGUCGGCGGGUGCACGGCGUACACUUGUGUGGUCGAUAAACAGGCUGAUGAUAGCAUCGAGUCAUGGAACUUUGGCAUUGAGCUGCAAUGGCUGCCUCCUAACUGAAUAAUCUCUUUAUCUUCAUCUUUUUUUUUCUUUAUGGCGUACACUUGAUUUUCCUUGUGUUAUCGAAUAAUGAUCCGUUUGUUUUUAGAAAAUAUUUUCUAUUUUUA